UACAUUCGUAGUUGCCGCAAUGAAUCCCUACUGAUAACGCAACCGAGGAAUGCGUUGUCGCUGUUUUCAUUCGUAUUGACUUCUCUCUUUUCCAUUGGGACUCUAUGGCUACAAUGUCUCGACUUUUAUUUACUCUUUUCUAUUUACCGUUGAAUUUUCGCUUCUUGGAGAAGUUGUUUUCGGGUCAAAGAAUUGUUUGUCCAUUUUUUAAUUGCAUGUCCUAUCGCAUUAAGCGUUCUACCGUUUCUAACAUGUUUUUAUCGUACUUCGAAAGUUUAGUAAUUCUCUGUCGCAAUACCCCUCCCCCCCCAUAAGUAGAUGUUUUCGCGAUUUUUUUUUAAUCCACAGCAUGGAUACGUCACGACCGACGAGAAACAAACGGCCACCUUCAUAUCUUCGGGAUUACAAUCCCACUUUUCAAACUACGUCAUCGGAGGAAUAUUCGGUAGAUCAGAGCGGGGAACCUGUUCCAGAAAACCGCACGAAUUCGACGCCUCGAGAAACCGAGGCUAAUCUACGGGGUGCGAUGGAGGCCCUUCAAAAUUUCCCACCGUUGUAUAACAAUCAUACGUCACUUGCAAUUGCCACGCAUAGGCAAUACAAUACUGACACCGCUGAACCGGAAUACAUUCCGUCAUCAACGCCGAGAUCUGAGCAUCCCGAACCGUCGUCAUUAAUAACGUUGGAAUGUCUUCAUCGGAGCGGAACAUCGCCAUGCCAACAAGAUGCAACGACAUCAGAGGAAAUAUCGGCUAUAACCCCCGGACAAUUCCAGACGACAUCGGAUCAUGAUAUCCGCGCGCACGGGGAGAAAACGCCAACGCGAAUUACAACGACGAGCGACUCAGCUUGCGGCACGACGAGACCUAACGAGACGUUGACGACGCAGCACGAAAUGGGACAACAACAACAGCAACGACAACAACAACAACAACAACAACAACAACAACAACAACAACAACAACAACAACAACAACAACAACAACGUCAACUACAUCGACAAGAACCGCAACUAACACAACAAUAUAAUUCAUUUCCACAUUAUCAACGAGACGACUAUCGAUCACAAUCACUACAACCGCAACCCUCUCAAUUUCAGGAUGAAGCGGAUCAAUAUCAACAGCCGUUGUAUGAAAAUCCAUGGGGUCGUUCUUAUGAACAACAACAAUGGCAAUAUCCCCCACGGCCUUGGCCCCAAUUCAAUCAGGCAUUCAAAUUCGCUUCGGAAGAGUCGGUGACAGCACUGAGAGAGGAUGUAACGUCGCUCGCGAAAAUCGUGAAAAAGGGAAUGCGCGAUCUCAAGAAAUUAUAUGAAAUUAUAUGAGCGGGAACUAUCCACGGAAUUUCCCGAAAAACUUAGAUCAUUACCACUUACGAGCCCCGAGCAAAUAAAUGAUUUCGAGGCCAUACCGGACGACGAGUACAAGAAUGUGGUCAGAUACUUGGGGUCGCUCGGUGGCCACACAUUAGUUGAAACGGCUAACGAGAUUUUGAAGAACGCCAUGGAAGAUUCGGUAUCGCCGGCUUUGACCUGGCUCGGCCGAA